AUGACAACUCUUGCGGAGAAGAGAAGUCUGGCGUUGGCAAAAGCGCAAGCCUUCGUCAGGAAAAGAAAAGCAGAGGCACCACUGAAAAGCGAGAAUGGUGAUGAAAAGGAAACGAAUCCCGAGGACGAAAAUCCUAUUCGACCCAGUUCGUUCGGGCUCCGACCUCACUUCUCAACGGUGAAUAUUAAUUGUGAUAAGUGGUAUCAAACAAUGGAUGAGAAGGCUCGAGUAAUGCUUCAGGACCCACCAUCAUUAGCGGAUGGUAUGGAUAGAGAAACUGAAAAGAAUCUGCGAUUUUUCGGAUGUUCGCUAAUACAGGAAGGUGCAGUGCUGUUGAAAUUGCCUCAGGUUGCCGCUGCUACUGGACAAAUAUUAUUCCAGCGAUUCUAUUAUCUUAAAAGCUUCCUUAAAUUUAGAUAUGAGCACACUGUGAUGGCGUGCCUGCUUCUUGCCUCAAAAAUUGAGGAAGAACCACGCCGAACCAGAGAUGUGUACAACACUUUCUACCGUUUAGAACAGCUUCAUAAGCUGAGGGAAUCAGGACGAGUCAUCAACGAGUGA